AUGCCUAGCUACGUGAAGUUUCUGAAGGAUAUCAUAUCAAAUAAACGCAAGCUGGAAGAUCAUGAGACAGUCAUGUUUACUGAGGAAUGUAGUGCCAGAAUUCAGAAUAAGCUUCCAUCAAAACUAAAAGAUCCAGGGAGUUUUACUGUUCCUUGCACAAUCGGAUUGGGAGAAGCUAAAGCAACCACUGUGACACUUCAACUGGCUGACAGGUCACUGACACAUCCCAGAGGCAUAAUUGAAGAUGCACUUAUCAAGGUUGAGAAGUUCAUAUUUCCAGCAGACUUUCUUAUCCUGGACAUGGAAGAGGACAAGGGCAUUCCCUUGAUACUUGGCAGACCAUUUCUGGCAACAGGGAGAGCAUUAAUAGAUGUUCAAAGAGAAUCUGACAGCUGUUAUCAAAAUGACAUUAUUGACAAGGCAGUACAAGAAACAUUUUUACUUCACGGUCCAUCUGACGCCUAUGAGGCAUGUAUUGCACAAUCCCAAUCAAUCCAGUCAGAGUCUGUUGAAGUUGAAACAUGUGCAAGAUUUUUGGAGACCAACCCGCCAUAUACAUGA